UAGCCGACGUGGACGUUAGGUCCUCCUGAUUCCAAUAAUAAUAAUACGAAGAAUGUCCGUACUCCCAUAAGAAUAAUGGCACCGUGGAUGACGGCAUGUGAGAACAUAUAGCAAUGCAGUGACACUGAUUGAGAGUUUAUGCCUAUUGUUUGGCUACCUGUGCGCGUGUAUUAUUUACGUCCAUCCCCACCAACUCAGUCCACAUAAGACGGCAAGUGGACCUGCGAGGUCCUCACUUCUUCCCUGACGCUCGGCCAACUUACAAACUUCAAACUUUUGAGUGUACGACGUUUGUUUCGAAAUUACUUUAUUUUCAAACAGCAUUGUGUGAACUUUGUACCACGAUUGCGAGCUGGAGUGACCACGAAGAGACACGCUAAUUAAUUGCAGAUCUUACCUGUUGUUCAUUGAAUUCGCUGCAACCGGUCAACGGAGGCAUUUUAUUAUCAUGUGUGGAAUAUUUGCGUACCUAAACUACUUGACUCCCAAGUCGAGGAAGGAGAUUAUCGAGCUGCUUAUCAAAGGGUUGGAGCGCCUUGAGUACCGUGGCUAUGAUUCGGCCGGGAUUGCCCUCGACACCUCCGACUCUGAGAACAUCACCAUUCUCAAGGAAACUGGGAAAGUCAAGGCACUGCAAAAUCAGAUUCUCAACAAGGGAUAUUCUCUCGAAUUUGACGUGAUUCACUCGAGCCAUGUGGGGAUUGCUCACACUCGUUGGGCCACUCACGGUGUUCCCAGCGCCGUCAACGCUCAUCCCCACCGUUCCGACGAUGACAACUCGUUCGUCCUCGUCCACAACGGCAUCAUCACGAACUACAAGGACAUCAAGGUGUUCCUCAUGGGCAAGGGCCAUGUUUUCGAGUCGGACACGGACACCGAAGUCGUGGCAAAACUCAUGGCUCAUAUUUAUCAACAGCAUCCGGACUUACCAUUCAGAGAGCUUGUGGAGCAGGCCAUUGCUCAGUUGGAGGGGGCGUAUGCUCUGUGUGUCAAAAGUAGACAUUUUCCAGGAGAAUGUGUGGCUACUCGGAGAGGCAGUCCACUCCUGGUUGGGAUCAAGUCCAAGACGAAGCUGGCUGCCGAUUCGAUUCCAAUUCUGUACUCGAAAGACGCACAAAAGGCAGAUCACAGAGUUGUGUCCGUCAGUGCAGGGUUGCAAAUUCCUGCAGGAGACUUUCCUCGUGUGGAAUCAACGUCCCAAUUUGGACCACUUGGCGAGGACAAAGAGGUUGAGUACUUUUUUGCUUCGGACGCCUCUGCCGUCAUUGAACACACGAAUCGUGUUCUCUAUUUGGAGGAUCACGACGUAGCUGCCGUCAAGUGUGGAAUUCUUUCCAUCCAUCGACUCAAGAGGGGAAUUGACGAGUCGCACGCUCGAGAAAUCACCACUCUGAAGAUGGAGAUUCAGCAAAUCAUGAAGGGCAACUACAGCUCUUUCAUGCAAAAGGAAAUUUUCGAACAGCCCGAGUCCGUCGUCAACACCAUGCGAGGACGUGUGGACUUUGAAAAGGGGACCGUGGUUCUUGGAGGUUUGAAGGACUACAUUGCUGAGAUUCGUCGCUGUCGUCGACUCCUUCUGAUCGGAUGUGGAACGUCAUAUCACUCUGCGAUUGCGACCAGACAGUUGCUCGAGGAGCUCACAGAGUUGCCCGUCAUGGUGGAUCUGGCCUCGGACUUUUUGGACCGCAACACUCCCAUUUUUAGGGAUGACGUCUGCUUCUUUAUCUCACAAUCAGGCGAGACGGCUGACACCCUUCUGGCACUUCGCUACUGUAAAGCACGUGGGGCCCUUAUCGUUGGUCUGACCAACACCGUAGGAUCCUCUAUUUGUCGCGAAUCCCAUUGCGGAAUCCACAUCAAUGCUGGACCCGAGAUUGGAGUGGCGUCAACGAAAGCCUACACUUCCCAGUUUAUCUCCAUCGUCAUGUUUGCGCUGAUGAUGUGUGAGGAUCGGAUUUCCAUUCAGCCCCGUCGCUAUGAAAUCAUCCAAGGGUUGAAAAUGCUUCCCGACCUAAUCAAGGAGGUGCUUAAGGUGGACAACAAGGUUCAAGAGCUGGCCAAGGAACUACACCAACAAAAGUCGCUCUUGGUGAUGGGACGAGGCUACAACUAUGCCACUUGUCUUGAAGGAGCUCUGAAAAUCAAGGAGCUGACGUACAUGCAUUCGGAGGGGAUUUUGGCCGGCGAGCUGAAGCACGGUCCUCUCGCUCUGAUUGAUAAGCUUAUGCCGGUCAUCAUGGUUGUGACUCGAGACCCCGUCUACUCCAAAUGUAUGAAUGCACUUCAGCAGGUGAUUGCUCGGGAGGGGCGCCCAGUUCUGGUUUGCGAAGCGGGCGACACAGAAACGCAGGCCUUCUGUCCAGGCAACUUUUUGGAAAUUCCUCACUCCGUGGACUGUCUUCAAGGCAUUCUGACCGUCAUUCCCAUGCAGCUCCUGUCCUACCACAUCGCUGUUCUCCGCGGAUGCAAUGUCGACUGCCCCAGGAACCUCGCAAAGUCCGUGACAGUGGAGUAAUAAUAAACUGAUAUAAUUAUUACUUACGCCUUUUGCUGCAAAAUUUUUGCCAAGAUAUAGACACGUCUACAUACACACGGGAUUUGGCCGUGUAUACAUAUUUUAAGCUUUUUAACGAAACAUGAUUUUGAAUAUUAUUACGAAGUACAUUGAAAUUGUAUUUUUAUAACCGAUUAGAUUACUACCCAAUUUAACAAUUAACGUUCUUUUAUUAUUUGAUGCAUAUUCAAUCGAAUUGCAAAAGGUAUGCGAGUGACAUUUGUGUAUUGAGUGAGAUGAAAACUAUUGUGUCGUGAGUAUCCUAUUUUCAAAAUUAAUCACUAUUUCAAAUGCUAUGAUAUGGGAAAUCAAUAAACAAUAAAAUACCAUACAAAUUUAA